CUGGAGGGAGGAGGCGGAAAAGAGUGGCUGCUAACUCAGGACGGGCGAGAUUGGUUGCAGACUGUUGGCGGGAGAGACUGGUUGCAGACCCAUGGCUGGGCGUGCCUGGAUGACGUCUGUGGAUGGGCGCGCCUGGCUGCAGACUCCGAGCGGACGAGAUUGGCUACAUACCUCAUGCGGGUACGCCUGGAUACGGUCCUCAAGCGGCCAAGACUGGCUACAAACCCCAGGCGUACAAGAGUGGCUGCAGACCCCGAGCGGUCGGCAGUGGUUCCAGACCUUACCCUCCUUCUCCCAACCUUCAUUGCUAUCCUCUGUAUCAAUCUCCCAGCCAUCCUCACAACCACCCCUCAACAGGGAAGAUCAGCUACAGAGCUCAAACGAGGGGGCCUGGCUGAAGGUUCCAGGCAGCCUACGUUGGCUGCAGAGCCUUGAAGGGAAGGAGUGGAUGCAGUACCGUGGAGGGUGGGACUGGCUGCCAACCCAAAGUGGGAGAAAUUGGCUACAGGACACAGGCGGUCAAGACUGGCUACAGACCUCGGGCGGGCGAGACUGGUUGCAGGCUCAGGGUGGGCAAGACUGGCUGCAGAAGUAUGGUCAAGACUGGUUGCAGACACAGAGUGGCCAGGACUGGCUGCAAACACCGCAUGGUCAAGCAUGGCGUUUGACGACUAUCUGGGUGACUGUCGAAGAAUUUUCAAGCACAUUAGAAACGAUCAGCGAGUACAUAACUGCCCCAGAACUGCUUUUGCAGCCAGCUUUUCAAGCAAUCCAGCAGUUCAAGUCCCUGCCAGAUUUCUUGAUGUUCCCGGCAUUCCUGGCGUUAAGGCACCAAGAUCAUUCCACGUCUGCAUUACCGCAAAGUUGCCCAGAAGACAUGGAACUCAUCCAUGCUAUGAAAGCUUUUUCAACUUUUGCAUGCGAAGCACGCGCACGCAGUCGAUCAGCUUCCGACGCCCUCAAUUAUGCAUGUCAAAACUGGGCUAUCCAUCUCUCGCGAGCUCCAAAUCCGUGGGACCCGAGGCUCGCCCAUCUGUUUAAGUCUUUCUGGAAUCAUGAUCUGCUCUCCUGGCUCGAAAGGCAGUGGAGUUCGAAGGAUUUGCAGUCUUGUCUUACUAUUUUAUCCGAAGGCCAGAAACUUGCGAUGGUGGGUGUUUCCGACGUUCUCUAGACUCAUAACAUCAAGGACUGACCUGCGCUUAUAGGAAUAUCUUCUCCAGGCUCCAGUGUGAUUUCCUUAACGAGUCAUAAGGUCACGAUCUCAGGAUACGACAUGCCAUGUUGUCUUACUACUGUACACUUAUAUUUCAUGUUGCUUAAGUAUCUACAAUACCAUAUGAAAAUCGCAAUAUGUAUAGCACCAUAGACAAAGUCAUA